GAAGCGAGCACGACACCGGAAACGGACCGACCAAAAAAAAAUAGAAGCUGAACCGUCAAAACAUAAACAGAGCAGUCAACCUUGUGUGUGAACGCAGCGAGCUGAUUUAAGUCCUCCUUUGACAGAAAGCUUAUGCACGCAUUCCUAAUGUCGUGUUUUAGCCGUAAAAGAAUUCCUCGUCGAGGCACUUAGCUCAGUUGCUAAGCAGUGGAGUGGAGAAACUAAAUCUGCAAUAAAGAUUAGGACUAAACUAAGAAGUACGCCUCGUCGGGCCUUCGAGCAGAGGUAACGCUAGCUAUGCUAGUUAGCCACCAGCACAGAGUCUGCUCGCUGCUUGGUGUCUUUUUUUGACAACCAGCUGUUUGGUUGUUCGGCAUGACUCUCGGCACUUGUACUUUCGCUAUUUGUUAGCCUCACGAAGACUAGUUAGCUUUAGCUCCCGUCUGUAACAAUGACAUAUAGUCGGAGCACUGCAGAGGACAGUACACUAUUUUACAUUUAAAAGCAAGAUUAGUUACAAGUCAGGCCGUAGAGACAGAAAGGUGCAGACUGAGUUUGUUCAUGUCGUUGCUGCAUUGAGGUGAAUGUUGGGUAAGUUUAGCCUGGUUGUUAGUGUUGGAGCUAAGGAGCUAACAGGUAACUUUGCCCCUUGGCUCUUAGUGCAGCGUCGAUGGUUGACAACAGAGAGCAAGCAGGGAUGUCUGCUUACAAAUGCAUGCUGCAAGUUUCCUUCCUCAAUUCAACAUACGACCUAAACUGUUUUUAUUCUUGUGUUUUAUCUGCAGGUUUUCCCUCGGGUCGACGCAGGACAAAGAGGACAGAAAUGGCUGAAGCUGACAGUAAAUCCACCGUGCUUAACGGUAAAGGAUCAGUGCCACAAAAUAACGAUGUCCAUAAUGACAGAGGCGUUGACUGUUAAUCUGUGGGUGUGUUUGGUUUUAACCAGGUGGCUCUGAAGAAAAAGAGCCUGAAGAAGAUCAACACAAUGAGGAAGAUGCCUCAGGAAGCAAAGAGGGUCAAACACAGUCUUCCUCACAGGAUGAUGGUGACUAUUAUCAUCUCAAAACCUUUCACUACGCCAAAAGUACUACUUGAAUAUAGUUUUGAGCGUAUCUUAUAAGUAACCUGCCUGAUCUGUCUUGGGAAUAUUUAACGAUCAAUUAUCGUUAACCCAAUAAUGAUGAAAAAUAAAUGCAUUUGUUUCCUAAGUCACACAUCUAAUGGGUAGAACAACAUGUAUUGUAUAGCUAAGAGCUGAAUAUCAACAUGGAGGAGGAGGAUCAUAAAAUCCAUCUCUGCAGACAUACAGUCAUGCAGGGCAAGGCUCAAACUAAAUGUGGAAUAUCUGCGCCAAGAGAACUUAACAGAAAAGUAUUUCAGACUCUCGGGGUCCAGAUUCCUCCUAACUCGCUCGUACUAAGAGAAACAUCCGUGUCCAUAUGGUUGGAUGUCAGUAAGAAGCGCAACCUGGUCACAAUCUGUGGCCGCAGCAGAAAACACACACUCAGAAGGCUCUGAUGUUGCUGAUAUGCAGCUUCAAGACUGGUAAAUCUCUCUGCCAGCCUUGUGUCUAUGUUAUUAUUAGUCCACCCAAAAAAGAGCCCACGGAUACCUAGUAGAAUAACUAACAUCCUUGAUAGAAACACAUCAUAAAUGCAAGUAUAUUCGAAUAAUAUCAGUUUUCUUUUCUCAUUUACUUUCUAGCCUGACAGUGUGCAGCAGUUUUUAAACUCUGGUUGAAUCUCCCAGUGAGAGCUUUCUGCUUUAAUCUUACCUCCUUCAUUCUGGCCUCCCCUAUUUCUGCAGCUCCCAAAGAAACAGGUGAGGCAUCUGGAGACAAGCCUAUGCCAGAUGUGGAAGGAGAGACAGGGGACAACAGAGAGGGAGAGGAGGAGGAAGACACAGACAGCAUGGACGGCAGCGGUCUCUACUCCCUGACUGAAGAUGGCGAGAGAGAGAGUGAGGGGGGCCGACGGGAGCGAGUGAAGGACAAAGAUGGUGGGAAAAGGGCAGCUAGAAAGAGGAAUAGACCUGGCGGCGGCGGCACCAACCACUCUACCAGCUCAGAUGACGACGACGAUGAAGAUGAAGAAGAAGAUCAGAAAGAUGACGAAGACGAUGACGAGGCUAUGGAGGCUUGGCUGGGAGCGGAGCUCCAGGAUCUGCGUGGCCCGAUAUGGCGGGCGGUACCCUCACUGUGCUCCAGAGAGAUCGGCAGAGACUCGCACCAGUUUGUGAGGCGCGUGUGCGGAGCCCGGGGUCUGGUGCAGAGGCUGGAGCUGCAGGGCCGACUGGAGAAGCACACAGGCUGCGUCAACACAUUGCACUUCAACCCCUCGGGGACGCGCCUGGCCUCAGGCAGCGAUGACCUGCGAGUGGUGAUCUGGGACUGGGCGAUCCGCCGGGCCGAGCUGGAGUUUGACAGCGGCCACAAGAGCAACGUCUUUCAGGUGAGGAAAACAGAAGCCCCAACAAGAAUUAAACUUUCUUUAUAUCGCAAGAGAGUAGAAAAUGAGUAAGUGAGUGAUUUGUCAGUCUGGUUAGAAACUUAAACCAGUCCUCUCUUCCAGGCAAAGUUCCUGCCUCACAGUGGAGACUCCACUUUGGCCAUGUGUGCCAGAGAUGGUCAGAUCAGAGUGGCCGAGCUCUCUGCUACACAGCGCUGCAAGAACACCAAGCGAGUAGCACAGCAUAAAGGGGCAGCACACAAGGUGAGUGUAAACACGCUGCUGUUGAGGGAUGUUAAAACUUCCCCUGCAGCUUUUUGUGGAAUUAAACAACAUCCUCCUUAAUAGUUUCUCCCGUUGAACAAUCUUAACUUCAUUUUAUUUUGGUCUGGGCUGGAAUCAGAAUUCGAUUUACACUGAUUUUAAUUUAAACUGCAGCUUCAGUGAAUGUAUUUUUGACUCUGAUGCUUAUUUAGUUUCUCAUCUGUGUGUUUUUUUUUCCUUCUCUUUUUAAUUCCAGCUGGCACUCGAGCCAGAUUCCCCCUGCUACUUUCUGUCAGCUGGAGAGGACGCUGUGGUGUUUGGUAUUGACCUGCGUCUAGACCGUCCUGCCAAGUGAGUGACGUCAUAUAAAAGUUUAUCUAUUUUUAACUUAGAAGUUUGUGCAACAGGCAGGAAAGACAUAGCGAGUUACAACACCACAUACUCCAUGUCUGAUUUCUGUUUCGUCUUUUUUCUUCCCUUCGUGUUGGUGAUUGGCCAGUUUAAGAUACUCUUUCCAGUUUUCCUCCUUUAGCCACAUGUGAUCAUUCUGCUUUCUUCACAGCAAACUGGUGGUCGUAAAGGAAGGUGACAAAAAAGUAGGGCUGUACACCAUCUUUGUCAACCCAGCGAAGACACACCACUUUGCUGUUGGGGGAAGAGAUCAGUAUGUGAGGUACGGGAUUCAUUCAUAAAUGAAAUGCAGCGUGUAUAAAUCGGAAUAUAUUUCACCUGUUUUACAUCUUCAUCCGUUUUUCUCUCCUCUCCACACUCGGCGCAGGAUCUACGAUCAGAGGAAGAUUAAUGAAAACGACAACAACGGUGUGCUAAAAAAGUUUUGCCCUUCACAUCUGGUAUCCAGCGAAUCCAAAACCAACAUAACCUGCCUUGUGUACAGUCACGAUGGCACAGGUAAAAUCAUCAUAAUGUAAAGUUUUGCAGAUUUUAAAUACCCCUAUGUACUUAAUUACAUAAUACCUCAAUCUGGUAUGAUCUGUGCUUUAUUCAUUGUGUGAAAAAGCAGAAACUUCUGCUUUUCCUACCACUCCUGAUUCGACCGCAACACCGAUGACUCUGAAAGACAAAGAGGUCUAUUGUUAUUGAAUAAAGAGCAUUUGUUUGUAUUCACCUUUGCAGAACACCACUGCAGUCAGAUUUCCCAGGAAUUAAAACCUUUAAUUUUUAGGGGACUAAUGUCUAAUUUUGUGGGAUUGUGUGGAUAUUUUCUCUUAUCAUAAAAAGUUGAGACCUCUAAGUGAAAUUACAGCGAUAAAGAUAUUGUUUUACCUCGUUUGUCUUCGCAGAGCUCUUGGCCAGUUACAACGACGAAGACAUUUACCUGUUUGACUCGAACCACAGUGACGGGGCCGACUAUCGCAGGAGAUACAAGGGACACCGCAAUAAUGCUACAGGUGUUAUAGUCAGCUCUGUCGCAGCAAAUCAUAGAGGAAUUAUUCUUCUCUGUAUCUUUAAUCAGCUGACAGAUCAGUGAUUGGUUUCUCUUCAGCAUUCAGAUUUCUCUCUCUUCUUCCUCACAGUGAAGGGGGUGAACUUCUACGGGCCGUGCAGUGAGUUUGUGGUCAGCGGCAGUGACUGUGGACACAUCUACCUGUGGGACAAGUACUCUGCUCGUAUCGUCCAGUUUAUGGAGGGAGACAGAGGCGGAGUGGUGAGUCAUAGAGACCGAGUCAAACAUAUUUAUAUUUGGUGCAAAGAUAACAGAGGAGAGGCUGCAUAAACUCAGCACCGGUUUGUAAUGUCUUUUUGUAACCCUCGGACGGUAUCUAACCUAAUUUGGUCUCCUUUGAUGCCUACAGGUGAACUGUUUGGAGCCACAUCCACAUCUUCCAGGCAUGGCCACCAGUGGGUUGGACCAUGACGUCAAACUGUGGGCCCCUACAGCUGAGACCCCCACAGGACUCAAGGGUCUGAAAGAGGUAUUAUUUUGAUUCUGCUUUUUCUAAGUCUGAGCCUAUUUCUGUUGUUACCAGUUAUUCAAAAUUCUUACCUAAAUUCAGGAAACUUCAUUUAUCAAAACAAGUCAAAGAUAAGGCGCCUAAACUCUGUGUGUAAGAUCUCUAUGCCCAGUAAAACAGGACUGCUAGAGCUCUUUGCUGCAAGAGGUCCUUCAUGCAGCCAUUCACACAUUCACACCUGUUACAAACCGCUUGUCGUUUUUGUCAAGGUGAUGAAGAAAAACAAGCGAGAGCGCGACGAGGACAGCGUGCGCCACGGUGACCAGUAUGACACCCAGCUGUUGUGGUUCCUCAUGAGACACAUGAGGAACAGAAGGCCCCAGAGGGUGAGUGCUGAAGCAUUUCAAUAACUACUAUGUUUACAGGCCAAGCAUGACGGUUGUAAAUGGAAAUGUAGGAUGAUAAUAAGUCUCUAAAUACAAUGGAAACUUACUGCGAAAUUGAUCAUUUCUUAAAGCCACUGUAAGGAAUUUUUGGUUUGUACUUUUUCACAUGUGCCCCGUGGAUGGAAUUAUACCUUUUAUGUCUUGUUGAGAAACUUGAAAUCAAACUGUUUCUCAGGCUUGCUGUCUAUCAUCUGGUUUGACACCUUUGCCCACUGAGCGGGUUCAAGCAUCAAAAUAUACAUGAGAAAUUUUCAGCAGAAUUUGUUGUGAACUCAUUUGAUUCUCAAAGUCAUGAGUCACCAAAAUCAGGUUUAGCCAGUUACUCUACUUCUAAAAAAAACUCCUCACAGUGCCUUUAAAUUCUUUGUCGCGUACAGAUAGUGCUGCGGUUGAAGUGUUUGGCCACAGUCCACUUGGAAAAUGUCCAAAAGAAUCGGACAUAUUAAGGAAGCUGUUAUUGGUGACUGGCUAUAGCACUCCUACAGCAGAGGCAGAAAAGAGGAAGACUGCAAGCUUGCCAACAAGGAAUUAUCUAAUGAGUAUUUAAAGAUCUUCAACAUCUGAGUUUAUUAUCAGUCUGAUAUAUACAUUACAGAAGUUAUAUCCCUUCACAGGAGAGUUUUUAUCAAUUUUAGUUCAAGUCUCAACUCAACUCAACUCAACUUUAUUUGUUAAGCACAGCUGAACAAAGUGCUGUACAUAACUAGACAAAACAACAAGAUAAAAAAAACAAUCAAAAAACAAUUAAAACAAUGGAUAAAAUAAAAGCAGAAUUAAAAGUAAAAUAUAGUUUCAAUGUUUUUAAAAACUAAUUUAAAAACAUAGAAACAAAUAACUAAAAACAAACCAUAAAACACUAUAACAGGAGCCGAGUCUCAUGCAGGGUUAAAAGCCAAUGAAUAAAAAUGGGUUUUAAGACGACUUUUAAAAAUGGACAGUGUGGGGGCUUGUCUAAUUUGGAGGGGUCUGUGAUACAUGUGAGCAUCAAAUCGCCUAAAUCGUACCUUUUUGUCCCCCGACACAGCCCCGCCCAGGCGACGCUGACACAGACGACUCUUGGAGCUCUCCAGAUUCCUCUGAUGAAGAAGAGGGGGGUCCAGACCAUGUCCAGUGCAUGUCCUCCUGAGCCACAUACACAAGCAUACAUGCACUUACAUGCAGACACAUAAACAUACAGUAAACACACACACAUACACACACUCUUUAUUGCCCUUGAAUUGAUGCACAUUAGGCAAGCACUAUUGACACACUGGCACACUCAAACACUGAUGAGCCGCAGACUUUGGUUGUUUUCUUUUUUCUUUUUACACACAUACAGACUCAAACACACACACACACACACUUUUACGUGAACAUACUGUUGAAGCAGAGUGACAGAUAAGCUUACCACCUGGUUUUCCAGCUGUUGUGAGUGUGCAGACGGCGACUACAGAGUGGCAUACACACUUCCAGAACCCUGAUUUUUUGAGAAUUGUGCAAAGAGUUUUUAGUGAGUGUGUACAUCCCUACGAACCACUCGGAGGCCCCCCCACCCCCUGCUUGUCCGUAUAUUAUCUACAAGCUCUGCCUCACCCCAGAACGAUGUACUGUGUGUGUGUUUGGCAGCAAGCACCUCCUUUUUUUUUUUUUAGACACCCUGUAGGAAGCUAUACAUCACCAGCACACAAUCCCCUCUGUCUUAGUAGCACACUUCUUCCUCGCUUUCUUCGGAGAGGUGUAAAUUGGUACUUUGAAACCAUCCUCUUAAUGUGACUUCCUUAAAAGUUUAACAGUGUAGGAAGAAAUCCCAGCGCCCCCCGAAUGCAUCACCCCAGUCUCUUACUGACGUUUGGCCCUCCGCUUUUAUGCAGCUUAGUUGCAUUUCCUCACGUCUCCUCACCUGAAGACUACUAAAUCCCUACAUGCUGCAUCACCCUACAUGCUGCCCCCCUUUCCUCCUCUUUCUCUUCAUCCUCCUCCCCCUCGCCGCUGAGUGCACUUUGAAUCAGGGAUGCUUUAGUUUGAGACACAGACAAAAUGUGCACUGAGUGUGUGGAUUUGGGGGUAAAGUUGUUUUUUCUUUUGCAUUGGAAAACUCACAUCUAAGUUUUUUUCUUGACUGGGGGGAUGUUUUGCACCUUUGCUUUAUUUUUGGAAAAGGAAGAGGAGGUUUCUUUUGCUUCCACCAGCUGUUCUUCCUCAUCUUCCUCCCUCCCUUUCCAUCCAAACGCCCAUCAAUUUACAUGAAAACGUCACUUUAAAUCUCAGUGGACAUAAAAACAGAUGUAGUAGGUGUUAAGCGUGUGCAUAGAAUUUAAAGGACAAAUGUUGGGGAGCUGUGUACAUUUGAGGACCCAGAACUGACCCGGAUUAAAUCAGAAUGAGGGCGGAUGGACUACACUUGCUCCUGAGAAUCUCUCUGCGACACCGACAGUAGCCGAGCGGCAGUUUUCAGUCGAUUAUUUGAACCAGAUCUCGCACACUACCGGUGAGGAAACUUUAGUCCGUGCUGUGUGAACAUUGGCUCAGAGAGGGGGAACAGAGGGGGCGGCGGGGUCAAUAUGCUUGCCAGUCAUUUGUUGUGUGAGAGCGAUAAAGUCCAGCUUUUUCUCAUUUUCUAUGAGAACUCUAGUUAGUUGAAUUUAUAUGUACAUAUAUAAAUAUAUAUUAAAACUGUAAAAAAAAAAAAAAAAAAAAAACAUCUUUAGAAAAUGCUGUUUGACUUCCAAAAAAAGAGAAAAAAAAAGAUGUCAAAACAUUUGAUUGGUAUUGAUGCAGAGGUUUAUAUUCUAUAUGAGGACAAAGUACUUUUAAAAUCCAGACUCAAAAAGUCAGUUCGAGGCACCGUUUUUGUUCAGUUUUACUUUUUCUGAAUAGCAUCCCUGUGUUAGGAACUGAGUCAGUCAUUUCAAGUGUUCAACAGUAUUUCCUUUCUAGAUCUUAAUCCGACAUUUGAGAACGUUUUUCCAGAUUUUCCCACUGGCUAUUUUUGGCAUCUUGUAUACAUACAUACAUAAUCAGGCUUUUGAUGAACAGUUUUUUUUUCCACCACUGCCUAUUAUUGCAUUAUACCAGUUCAGUUGGAAAUAUGUACAAUUCGUGCAAUAAACAAAGACAGUGUA